AUGAAUCUGCAUGCCGGGAGAGACGACGGCGCAAAUGCCGUUUUCGCGGACAGUGAUGGGUGUUCGCUUGUUUUGAUUAUGGAAGAUAAUAGGGAUAAGGACCCCCAAAAAAAGGAGUACCCCGACAAAAACGCGUACACCGGCAAAAAGGAGUACACCUCGAAAAACGCGUACACAGCAGAAAAUGUGUACCCCGGUGAAAACGCGUACACUGCAUGCAAAGCCAACCAAGGGGGGGCCAAUAAAAACGAUGAAAACGUCGUAGAGUGUGGGAAAUCCAAAAAAAACGAAGAGAGAGUCAUCACAGGAAUGAUCAAGAUUCUUGAGGAAAUGAAAGAAAACGAUGAUGCAUCUGAUGCUGUAGAUACAGGGUUCAGUACAGGGUUUAAUCCAGGUGGUCAUCAGCAAAGUACCGAGUGCGGUACGCGCAUGCAAAAUGGAGACGAAGUUAAGCGGAAUACGUACCCACGUAAAGAAGACCCGAAAUUGCAUGUAGGGUUGGAUUACUGCACUUUUUACCUUGACACCCCAUAUAAAAUUAUUAAGUGCAUGCAUAAAGGUAGUCAUUUUCUUUUUUGGGGUACUGACACACUGUGUGGCCAAAGUGAUCAAGUGACAAAAGAGUUUAAAAUGAACGAAAUGAAAAAAAAUAACAGCGAAGAGUUAAGAAACAGUAGGUUCAUUUUUUUUGAUAGGCAAAAGAAACUGCUCGUGCUAAAAUAUAACAUCAAAAGUAGCAGUUUUAAUUAUGUAAGUGAAAGCGACCCUAUUUAUGUGUACUUUCAUCAAUUACAUGAAAAAAAAUUUUUAGAUGAUAACAUUAUCAAAGAAAAAAAAAAUUCCAUUUUAAUUUACCCGUACACAUAUGUGAAAAUAUGGGAAAGCUUAACUUGUUACAUUAACGAGGAGGUAAUAAAUAAAAUUGAGCCAGUGAAUAAAACCUUUUGUUCCUCCUUUUUGGAGGAAAAAGAAGAAGAAAAAAAAAAAAAAAAAAAGGGGUGUACAGAUUUUCUUAGGGAGGAAGAGAUGAAUCUGUGCAACCAGCCUUACAUGUUUUAUUCCGUGAUUCCGAGGUACCCCACAAGUAGGAGUUACCCAACGGAGGGGAGAGUCAGCGGCGGUAGUCGGCGUAAGAAGGAAGACAAUGUAGGGGUUAACACUACAGGGGGGGACUUAGUAGGCUGCAUCAAUAUGGAGGGUCACAGCGUAGGAGGUGUCAAUGUAGAGGGUGAGGAUGCGGCAUGUUCGGAUGUAUCCAUUGGUGACCAUGCGGUUGGUCUGCAUGAUCCGCCCAAGGACCACCUGGACAGCGCGAAUGAGAGCUACUUCGAACGCAUCGAUGUAGACGCCAAACAGAAGAAGUAUGUGCCGUCCGACUUAACCAUCAUGCAUCUGGAGAAGUAUUGGAUUCUGAAGGAGAUAAUUCAGCAAGAAUAUACUUACGUGUAUUAUGAGAAUGAAAAGAAGGAAGGCUUUCACAAGUUUGAAAAUAAGCUUUUCUACAUUUUGGGCGAAUUUCAGUUUGCCUAUAUUCUCUUCCAUUUAGGUUUUAACUAUCAGUCCUUCGUUCAGUGGCGCAAGCUGUUUGAGCUCCUUUCCAAUUCGCAGCACUUGGUGACCAACUUUCCAGACUUCUUCGGAGAAGCCUUAAGAGUCAUUUCCAUCCAUUUAAGCUACCUGAGUGAUGAUUUUUUUGACAACACAGAAAACAGUUUUAUUCUUUUUGGAGUUUAUAACAUAUAUGAAAUAGUUAGUGGCGUGGGGGACGUGCAGGAGGGCAUAACCAACCUGAUGAAUUCCAUAGAUUCUAUAAUUUACGCAAAGCUGGGGUUACAUUUGCCCGACUUGUCCUUUGUGUAUGAAGAGUACCAGCCCACGUACGUAGAUGACAAUUAG